AUGGUGAGUAGCCAGCCUAAGUACGAUCUAAUACGGGAGGUUGGUCGUGGCAGUUAUGGUGUGGUGUACGAAGCGGUCGUCAGGAAGACCUCUGCCCGGGUGGCGGUGAAAAAGAUUCGGUGCCAUGCUCCAGAGAACGUGGAACUAGCUCUGCGUGAGUUCUGGGCACUUAGCAGUAUCAAGAGCCAGCAUCCCAACGUCAUUCACCUGGAGGAGUGCAUCUUGCAGAAAGAUGGUAUGGUGCAGAAGAUGUCCCAUGGCUCCAGUUCCUCCCUUUAUUUACAGCUUGUAGAGACCUCACUGAAAGGAGAGAUAGCCUUUGACCCCAGAAGUGCUUAUUACCUGUGGUUUGUGAUGGAUUUCUGCGACGGGGGGGACAUGAACGAGUACCUCCUGUCCCGCAAGCCCAGCCGCAAGACCAACACCAGCUUCAUGCUCCAGCUCAGCAGCGCCCUGGCCUUCCUGCACAAGAAUCAGAUCAUCCAUCGUGACCUCAAGCCUGACAACAUCCUCAUCUCCCAGAGCAGGAUGGACGCCACUAACCUGGAGCCUACCCUGAAAGUGGCUGAUUUUGGGCUGAGUAAAGUCUGCUCGGCCUCGGGGCAGAACCCUGAGGAGCCGGUCAACGUCAAUAAGUGCUUCCUGUCCACUGCCUGUGGGACUGACUUCUACAUGGCCCCUGAGGUCUGGGAGGGACACUACACUGCCAAAGCAGACAUCUUUGCCUUGGGGAUCAUCAUCUGGGCCAUGCUGGAGAGAAUCACCUUCAUAGACACGGAAACAAAGAAGGAGCUGCUGGGCAGUUACGUCAAGCAGGGCACAGCCAUCGUGCCCGUGGGGGAGGCACUGCUGGAGAACCCCAAGAUGGAGCUGCUCAUCCCUGUCAAGAAGAAGUCCAUGAACGCUCGGAUGAAGCAGCUGCUGAAGGAGAUGCUGGCAGCCAACCCCCAGGAGCGGCCGGACGCCUUCGAGCUGGAGCUGCGCCUGGUCAACAUAGCCUUUAAGGACAGCAGCUGGGACACGUGAGCCGGCCAGCCCCAGCCCUCUGGGCAGAGCUGCUCCUCACCUGACCCUCUGCAUGGCAGGGGGGGAAAAAACAACCACAACAGCGCCUGAACUCAAACCUGCAGGGUGUGGUUUGUAGCCAGUUUAGAGUCUGAUGGAUGCGAGGUGGAGGCUGCUGCCUGGGUGUGUGUGGUGCCAGUGCAGGGGGAAGCUGUGGGGAUGUCCACUUGUGCAUGCUGGCAGUGGGAUGUCUUGGAGUGAUGGUGAGCUGAGACUUGAUUUCCAGCACUUACGGAGUAUUUCCUACAUUCCAGUUUCCUAUGUCAGUAUUAGGAACUCUGCUGGGGUCGGUGGGGGGGAGGAAAGGAAAACCCCUGAGGUUUGCAUGCUGGUAGUGCAAAUCUC